AAACCCACAGCAGAAUGUGUGUGCGGCGAACACGUCGCCGCGCUGCCCUCGCUUCCCCGAGUCCUUCCGCGCACAGGAGGGUCCCAUCGCGCCCAGGAGGGCCCCUCAGCCCGGCUCCCUCGCGAUGCCCAGGGAUCUCAAGAUGGAGCAUGUCAGAGAAGCAAGUGGUCAUCACAAGGCCCCUGGGACCACGGAGGAACCACUGAAGGAGAGCGUGCAGAUAGAUGACCCCGGGCAGCAGCUGGAGCAGGCGGCCGUCUGGGCCUGA